AUGUCGUUUUUGGCGGGAUCAGAGUGCGCAGCGAACGCCAACCCACUUGCACAGUUCUCCAAGCAGACACAGCAUGACACCUCGUUGGAGCAGUCUUUCAGAAACAGUGCUCAGAACGCUGGUGCGGAGGGCCGGUUUAGAGGGCCGGCCAUGAUGAACGAAACAGAACGAGCACAUAUGGACCGAUUCAUGAAUCAGGGCUCUUCUUUUAAUUUCCAGCCUAUGGCCAGCGAGUUGAACAUGAUCCACUCUGGGCCUCAAGCUCAGAUGAUAGCAGGACCACAGGCUCCCCAGUUACCAGAGAUAUCACAGCAGCCCAUUACACAACAGCCACAAGCUUCUUCGCGGUCUGGCUGGUCGUCCGAGUUCCAGAAUUCCGCUAAUGAGCAAAUUACGAACAUCCCUGCACAACUGGAUCAUUCCAUGAUGAGGUCUUUGGGAGCGGGGCCGCGGCUUCAAUUGAGACCUAUGGGAGGAGCUCCUAUGGGCAUGAUGCAGACACAUAACAUGACUCAGCAGGAAUCCGACCAACAGAUUGACUGGGAUCAGCAGUUUAAGGAGAUGGAAGAGCUUGAUUCCCAGGCACAGGAACCUGUUGAAGAAACAGUCAACGCAGAAGAAAGUGCUUUUGACCAAGUUUGGGACAACCUCCAGGAUACGUAUGCCGACCACAUGUUGAGCAACGACGAGUUCCAAUCUCAAUGGGAGAAAGAUUUCGAAAAGUACGCACAAACGCGGCUGAACUACGGAGAAUACAGUUUUGAGCAAAAUAACCAAUUCAAAAAUAACCCUGAUGCAUACGAAAUUGGAUUGAAGCUUAUGGAAGGCGGUGCGAAACUAAGCGAAGCCGCUCUUGCAUUUGAAGCUGCCGUUGAGCAAAACCCGGCUCACGUAAAUGCUUGGUUACGCCUGGGCCAGGUGCAAACGCAGAACGAAAAGGAGCUUGCAGGCAUAGCCGCAUUGGAAAAAUGCCUUGAACUGUCUCCCCAGAAUCUGGUUGCAUUGAUGACACUUGCGAUAUCAUACAUCAACGAGGGGUACGACAACGCUGCGUUUGCCACAUUGGAGAGAUGGAUCGAGACCAAGUACCCUGUCAUUGCGGACCGGGCCCGAGCAGACAACCCAGAGAUUCAGGCCGACGACCGGUUCUCUUUGAACAAGCGUGUGACUGAGCUGUUCAUCAAGGCUGCCCAGAUCUCGCCAGAGGGAGCCAACAUGGAUUCUGAGGUGCAGACCGGAUUGGGAGUGCUGUUCUACUCGAUGGAGGAAUACGACAAGACAUUGGACUGUUUCCAGGCGGCAAUCCAGCACAAUCCGGACGAUGCGUUGGCAUGGAACCGUUUGGGAGCGUCGCUUGCAAACUCCAACAAGCCAGAGCAGGCGAUCGAGGCGUACUCGCGGGCACUGCAACUGAACCCGAACUUUGUGCGCGCCCGGUACAAUCUGGGAGUCUCUUUCAUCAACAUGGGUAUGUACAGAGACGCUGUGGACCAUCUGCUGACCGGCUUGAGCAUGCACGAGGUGGAAACGCUUGACGGGUCCAACUCGGCAGUUCGGAGCAACCAGAGCACCAGUCUCCUGGAGACUUUGAAGCGAGCAUUUUUGGCAAUGGAUCGUCGUGAUCUUCUUGACAAGAUCAGACCGGGACUCAAUGUGGAGACUUUCCGGAGAACGUACGAUGUAUAA